ACAGAUUUGCCCAAUGAUGGAAACUCAUUAAGUGGAGAUUGCUUUGGUUUUUUUCGUGAGCCUCCAUACUUUCUUCCACUCAUCAGUUUUAGCUACUGCUGUUGCUGCUUCUUCAUCAAAACAAACCCAGAUCUGGGUUUGUCUCAAGCCUGGUGUCAUGGCCCCAGCACGGCUCUGCAGCAGCAACGGUCGGUAUGCGUCGUCGCAAGAUCUCGCCCAGAGAUUCUGCACAAAGUUCCGCUCCUUGGCUGCACAGUCAAGCCAAGCGCUCCCUUCCCUCAACGCCUCGCAUCACCUCAUCCAUUUCUCGUCUCCUGGGAUCUACUUUAGUUCGAGCAAAUGAAGCUUUAGGUCACUUCUUAUCAAUGUUGCUUCUCCUUCUAUAAGUGUUUUGUUUUUUUUUUUGUUUCCUUUUCUUUUUAAUGGGUAUUCAAGGACUAAUUUACUGCCAUUCCUUGAAUUGCUACUUUGAUUUCUGGGGAAAUAUGAGAAUAUAAACAGUAUUUUGGCUUAUUUCAGUUGAAAGAUGAAUUGGGUUUCUCUAAUCUUUCUUUAUUGACUCAAAUCUUUUUCUGCAAUACCUCAUUCACUGUUGUUCUUUUGGUUGGUGAAUGUUGUUCAGUUGAUGUGGCAGUGAAGGCAUGGAGAUGCAGGUGCAGAUGAUGAAGGACAAAUUUGUGACGUUCAGAGGGAGAUUGGACGACUGGGAGUGGGUCAAAUGUGAGAAAAACCCAGAUCUGGGUUUGGGAAAAACCCAAAUCUAGGUUUGGGAAAAACCCAAAUCUAGGUUUGAUUUGGAGAGGAAGAAGAAGGUAGAAGAGAAAGAAAAAGAAUAAGAAGGAAGAAAGAUGAGUAGCGAAAGGAAUGAGGAAGGCUGAUCGAGAUUGAGGAGACAAAACUGUCGAAGGAGGAAAGGGGGAAGAAGAUGAAUUUUUUUUUGUAAAGAAAUCUGACGUGGGCGA